GAGUAUUUUCCCCCAACUUUACGACCCCAUUAUUGACACCCCCACCAAGCCCUUCUCUUCCCUUCCCUUCAUCUCCAUCGCCUGUGUCUCUCCUCUGUUUCGUUCCUUCCCCUCUCGCAUUGUUCUCUUCUCUGAAUCCCCUGUUCCUCCUCUGCUCCAUACUCGGCAAAGCAGAGCCUCCAUUGCUUCAUCAUACCCACAAACCAGAAACAUGACCGUCGGGUGCAAGGACCCAAAGACAGGAAAGAUGAUGAAACAGAGCGUCCGGGUAUCAAACCCGACGCUCAACUUCAUCAACGUGCCGACUGUCCGGGACCCAAAGCUGAUCCCCCGGGGGUUGCCCAGGAAUAAGCACCUCAAGAUCGAGAGCAACGGCGGCGGUCACUUGGUGAGAGAGGCCAGAGUGAGCACGUUGCUGGACUCCAUGAGAGCUUCCUCUCCUGCACGAGCAAGGCCUGCAAGCGCAGCGACAAGAGCAGCUUCUCUUGAUGACGAGCAAAAGUCGUGGAUCCAGCGUCAUCCGUCGGCAUUGAGCAUGUUCGAACAGAUAACGAGAGCUUCGGUGGGGAAGAAGAUAGUGAUGUUCCUCGACUACGACGGCACUCUCUCCCCCAUCGUUGAGGACCCCGAUCGCGCUUUCAUGUCUGAUGAGAUGAGAGAAGCCGUGAGGGACACCGCGAGCUUCUUCCCCACGGCGAUAGUGAGCGGGAGAUGCAGAGACAAGGUCUACAGUUUCGUGAAGUUGACGGAGCUAUAUUACGCCGGCAGCCACGGCAUGGACAUCAAAGGACCCCCUCCUGGAAGUCGCUGCAAUGGCAACAGAAUGAACAACGGCGAAUCGGUCCUCUGCCAACCCGCGAGCGAAUUUCUGCCCAUGAUCGACGAGGUGUACAAGACCUUGGUAGAGAGCACCAAAUCGAUCCCGGGAGCUAAAGUGGAAACCAACAAAUUUUGUUUGUCCGUACACUUCCGAUGCGUUGACGAGAAGAGCUGGGAUGAUCUAGCUAAGCAGGUUAAACUUGUGCUCAGCGAGUACCCGAAGCUCAAGCUGACAUAUGGCAGAAAGGUAUUGGAGAUCCGUCCAACCAUCGAAUGGGACAAGGGAAAGGCCCUCGAGUUCUUGCUAGAGGCACUAGGGUAUGCCAAUUCUAAUGAUGAUGUCCUACCGAUCUAUAUUGGAGACGAUCGGACGGACGAAGAUGCAUUCAAGGUUUUGAGAGAGAGAGGACAAGGAUUAGGAAUUCUCGUCUCUAAAGUCCCGAAGGAAACAAACGCAUCUUACUCUUUGCAAGAACCUUCCGAGGUCAUGAGCUUUUUACGCCGUCUAGCAGAGUGGAAGCGAAAGUCACUUCGAGCAAGCCUGUAGAGUCCCGUUGAAGUUUAGCGAUAUUAUUGAUUUUUCCCCCCCGGAAGUUAUGUAAUUUUCACAGUUUAGAUCAUGGAUGAUACCUCAAUUAAUGAGAACCACGAGCUAAUUGUGAAUAUGUUUGAGAUAUACUCUUAUGAUAUCAUGUAAUUCUUUUGCGGUGUAGAUCAUGAAUGAUACCCCAGUUAAUGAGAAUCACGAGCUAAUUGUGGAUA